AUUUUUGUAAUAAUAAUAACUGUAAUAAAUACAGGUGAUGAUAAGAGUAAGUGGGACGCUGAAAGGCGAGCACCUGUUGGAUUACGUAAUAAUGUGAGAUGCAGGUGGAUCGAUUGGCGGAGAAGCACUGAAUCUCAUGUUCUAUUUCUGUUGGAAGCGUUGUCAUGACAACGCCGAGAUGCUGCACGUGACUCAGUGGUGAUGGAAGUGACCGACCUGCUUCUCACCGCGAUUCCCAUCACCCUGGGCGUCACUCUGGCCUUGUGCUGCUACUUCCACAAAUGCGCGCCCUCCAGGAAGAAAUCGUUGGAGGCGGGCAUUGUGACGGUCUCUAUCCUCGAGUCCCUGCCCAUGGUGCCAAACGUCAGGGUGUUGCCAUACGUGGAGGACAGGAAACAAGCAAUGGCACAACAGCUGCAGCAGGAUCUAGUGACCCUGCAAGUGGACAAGAGCAUCAUGGAGCACCCCAGGGGACAUAUAUCUUUCACUCUCAAGUACAAUGCACAUGACACCAAGCUCAAAGUCCUCAUCCUGUCCGCCAGGAACCUCCCAAUGACAGAUUUCUUCCCUGGGAAGUGUGAUCCCUAUGUUUGGGUAACGCUGCUACCUGACAGGAAACAAUACUUCAAGACAAAGGUCAAGAAGAACAUGCAUCAUCCACACUGGUGUGAGACAUUCUGCUUCGAGGAUAUUCCAAAAGAAAAGUUACAGACGCAAGUUCUGCAGCUGCACGUGUUUGAUUAUGAUCGCAUCACAAGGGAUGACUCCAUAGGAGAAGUUUUGCUACCACUCUGGCAGGUGGACCUCCAUGAGAAACAGUCAUUCUGUGAGCCUCUGAAGCUAGCAACAGAGUAUGGUGACCUGCUAAUGUCCCUCUGCUAUGUGCCCAAUGACAGGCUCACAGUCACAGUCCUUAAGGCGUGGGACCUCCGAUCCAUGGAUAUCAACCUAAAGUCAGAUCCAUAUGUGAAGUUAUGCCUCAGGUCACCAGACAAACGGGUAGAGAAACGAAAAACAAAGACAGUUAAGUGUACACUCAAUCCAGUAUUCAAUGAGGCAUUCAACUUCAAUGUGGUUAACAUAAAUAUCGAGGAGAGUUCACUGGAAGUUGUAGUGAUGGACUUUGACAACAUUGGGAGGGAUGAACUAAUUGGUCGCAUUAUGCUUGCAGGCAGGGAUGGUUCUGGCGAGUCAGAAACCAGACACUGGCAGGAAAUGCUGGGAAGCCCAAGCAUCACAGUGGUGCAAUGGCACAGACUGAAAGCGGAGACAUCAUCACGAGGGAGAAAAUCAGCCCACUAAGGUCAUAUAGUAAUUGCAAUGUUACAUAUAUUCCAAAACUGUACUUUCUGUUGUCUUUAUUCUGUUAAAAUUCUUACCAUUAAAAUUAUUUUUCACACCUGUCUGUCCAGUAAUCCCUUGCUUCGUGUGAAAGAGAAUACAUUGUGGUAGCCCAGGUUCUCUAAUGUUUUGAGAUUCUGCCAAUUCUGAAUUAUUGUAUUUCAAAUGUAAGAAGAUGCAUCAUAACCUUCUUUACGUUUUACUCAAACAGACAUCCUACCAAUGGACAUAACAUGGACAAUGUCUCUCCUUAGUUAUGUAUCUUUUAAUUACAGUGAGACACUGUAAAUCUGUUUUGAACAUAAAUGCAGAAUUAGCUGAGAUAUGCAAAAUUCAUAUUUCGUUAAUAAUUACUAUCUUUUGGUACCAAAUUUCAGGUGCUAAAAGAUGCAACAGAUGUUCAAGUAGUGAGAUGCAAUAAAUAAAAGAUAUUUAUGAA